GAUGCUUUUUGUUUCUCUCGAUUAUCCAAUCUUUACUUUCCCAACCUUCUUUUUAACAGCGACCACAAAAUAUCAGAACGGACCGCCACGACGCUUUUGUUGCACUACAAGAGGCAAUUCUGAAUUGCCUUCAUGGUCAAAACGUCUUAGUUUCAUCUGACAUCUCUCAUGUCACGUCCCACACAAGAUUCGUUGCCACCUCACUGUCACUGUCUGCUCAAGCAAACGCGCCACUUUUAUAUUCCAACCAAAAUUCCAACACUUACACAAAGACUUUUCAAGCCGUUAAUAUCAGCCUAUGCAUUGGGAAUAUAAAGGCAUGGGAGCUCUUACUCAAACUGAAGCUUUUGAUGCCGACUGUAUUUAGUCCUUCAGAGUUUCUGACCUGGACCACACCACUUUCUCUGUUCUAAUCUUUCGGCGACGGUUAUUUGAGAAGUCUCGUACGACCAGAGCUGCAAUUGAAUCCUGUCCCCGGGCUUAUUCAUAUCGGUUGUAAAUCCGUGUCCACCAGUAUUUUCGGACCAGGUAUCGUAGUCGCGGCCACCUCCCGAACAGUACCCACCAAUACCCGAUUUUUUGGUACAGAAAUCGCAAGUAGGAAUUUGAAAAAUCGGGUCCGAAUGUGAACCAGGAAAGCAAUUGCUCUCUUCCGCAAGUUCGGCAUUGGAUGACUCCUCAUGAAAGGUCAAGGAGUUUGCUUGGCUGUGGACCUUAGCCGGCGCCUUACCGCCGAUGCCAAUGGAUUCGUCGACUGUACUUGAAACUCUGCUUGCGUUGUGGUUUUUGGCAACAUGGCUGCUCUUGUGCACGAUGGCCUUCUUUCUGUCGGUUGUCAAUUAGUACCCAAGCAAUAUAAUUGUGAACCUGUGCGAGGGUGGAAAGCUCACGACUUCUUCGUCAUCUUGACCCUUGAUAGAUGUCAUCUUCUUAUCUUCUUAGAAUAUACUUCGAACUGCCAAGAACGAAGCUAUCUGGAGAUCGUCAGUUGGGAACCGGUGGGCAGCAACGAUUCGAUGACACAACCUAUCUUUGAGGUGCAGAAAUCCUGCAAUGGCCACUCGGUCAUUCUUGAUAGUUUAAGACACUUGAUAGCUAUUGGGUCUGACACUAGUCCAGCUUCAAAAUUAAUGCAGACUCGAGUAUUUGAACUCUACAGAACAAAGAUUGUGUUAAAAGAUUGGUCCACAUACCGUGAGCGGCACCUGCCAUUCAAGAACAAUCCUAUAGUUCUUGAUUUUUAGUGGUCAAAGGUGGUAUCUGUUGGACUAAUGAGGCCGUAUUGCAUCCGACAGGUUCGAUUUUGGAAGCUUCUGAUCGAGUGGAGACCAUCUUUAUCCCAGGGUAACUCCAGUGCCGCAUAAUUGCAAUCUUCUAGGAAGCCUUAUUUUUAUUCAAGCUGCAGAUAUCAUGGUCUAAAUGACCCAGAAAUCUUUUCGCUAUCGACGACUAUGCCGCUAGCUCAUGAAAUUAACAUGCAGGCUUCCGACAACACUUCAUGAAUUGACCGCCCUUCCUUGCCAUCUCUGAUUUUUGCGAAUGGCUACCCAGCGUACCCCUUUCAUGAACUUUUGAGACAUUACUCGGGCAAUGCCAUCGUAAUACAACCAAGAUUAUUGUGGAGAAUGACAGUGAAAUCUCUGUUUAGUCAAUAUGGGAAUUCUUUUCUCGCUCCCCAUUGCGGGAACGAUUCCAGACAACGGAUGGCUGCAGCCUCCUCAUGUUUUGAUUUUGGGCGCUUUUGCAGCGGUGUUUCUCAGACAGGGCGCUGAAGGAUUCGAAAUCUCGGUGUGCAUAAUGCGCGCAGCAUGCGUGGUUCUGAAUUAUAUUUGCGCUGGCAUGCGUGGGAAUGCGUGUUUGCCUUUCAAACAAUCACCCCAUUUCUUACCAUGCACAUAUCUUGGAAAUUCUUGUUAUUUUGAGAUGAGAAAAGCGAUUCAAUUUGCCUAUCCAGUGUUCUUACAACCACUGGGGUUUUGCAGUCUUAUGUCAGGUGAACGCCAACAGAAAACCCAGCCAUAGGGUAAACGGUUACAUUAAUUAGGGGUACCCAGAACAAUGGCUACCUACGUACACUACCAAGACCGACGAGGAAAGUUUCAAGUUCACGCAGAGGCCGUGGUCGAAAUCAAUGUGCAGAAUUUAUAUUAAUUUUUAGCACCACAUGACGAGAGAUGUGCA